AUGUACCAGAGCAGGUUUUCAGAUCGACUACCAAAGAUCACUGGAGGACCAUCAGAGCAUUGGCCUUCACACCAAACUUUGAAAGGACAUAGCUAUUACGUCUUGUGUCUGGCCUUCUCGCCAGACGGGCUCCGUCUUGCGUCUGGAUCUGAGGAUCGCACUGUACGCCUAUGGGAUGGGACCACCGGUGCAAGCCUUGCGACGCUCGAAGGACAUACUGGGAUUGUCUCGUGUCUGGCCUUCUCGCCAGAUGGGCUCCGUCUUGCGUCUGGAUCCGGGGAUCACACUGUACGCCUAUGGGAUGGGUCCACCGGUGCAAGCCUUGCGACGCUCCAAGGACAUACUGGGGAUGUCUCGUGUCUGGCCUUCUCGCCAGACGGGUUUUGUCUUGCGUCUGGAUCCUGGGAUCGCACUGUACGCCUAUGGGAUGGGACCACCAGUGCAAGCCUUGCGACGCUCGAAGGACAUACUGAGAUCGUCUCGUGUCUGGCCUUCUCGCCAGAUGGGCUCCGUCUUGCGUCUGGAUCCGGGGAUCACACUGUACGCCUAUGGAAUUGGACCACCGGUGCAAGCCUUGCGAAGCUCGAAGGACAUACUGGGAUUGUCGCGUGCCUGGCCUUCUCGCCAGAUGGGCUCCGUCUUGCGUCUGGAUCCGGGGAUCACACUGUAUGCCUAUGGGAUGGGACCACCGGUGCAAGCCUUGCGACGCUCGAAGGACAUACUGGGAUUGUCCCAUGUCUGGUCUUCUCGCCAGAUGGGCUCUGUCUUGCGUCUGGAUCUGAGGAUUGCACUGUACGCCUGUGGGAUGGGACCACCGGUGCAAGCCUUGCGACGCUCAAAGGACAUACCUAUAAUGUCUCGUGUCUGGCCUUCUCGCCAGACGGGCUCUGUCUUGCGUCUGGAUCUGAGGAUUACACUGUACGCCUAUGGGAUGGGACCACCGGUGCAAGCCUUGCGACGCUCAAAGGACAUACCUAUUAUGUCUCGUGUCUGGCCUUCUCGCCAGAUGGGCUCCGUCUUGCAUCAGGUGGAUCUGGGGAUGCACUGUACGCCUAUGGGACAUUGCCUUGCUUCAAGUUUGGGGCCUGCUUACACAUCAAUUCACCUUGCCCCCAUUUGUCUUUCUCCCAGGAUGGACACUCACCUACAUCUGGAUAA